CGCCUGCGAUGAUACAGCCGUGUUAAUCACCUGGGACAGCGAAAGGGGAGUGUGGUGUAUAUCAGUGUGUCAUUCUGGGCUUACGGCGUCAUUCAGCUCACCAGCCACCCCCCCGGUUGUGUCGAGGUUCUGUCUGCGGGUGAGGUGAAUCCAGACGUCAGGGCGGGCUCAUGUUCCGCUCAUCAGCGAAACGGGCUGUUGCGUCUGCGGAGAGUCAGAGCUGACGAGCCGGCCGAGACACACGGAGAGGCAGGCAGGCAGGCCGAGAGACAGGAGCGAGGGGAGGGGGGCGACAGCCUGUUUCGGCUCUCUCGACCCUUUGCGGAUCGAGCCGAGCCCCCUCCUGUUUCCACCCAGAACCCCCACCCAUUUGUCUCCCGCUUUGGAUGGGGGGAAAGCAGAGCACGGCGGGGCGGCCCCGGGGUGCUUUUCCCGGUGUCUCUACGGAUGACAGCGCGGUGCCACCCUCGGCCCACUUCGGCCACUACCGGCCGAGUGGCACCAUGGGCCUGCGGAGCCGCUCGGUGAGCUCCGUGGCUGGGAUGGGCAUCGAGCACAGCCCCGCCGUGCCCUUCGGCUUCUACACCCCCAGAGGGACGGACUCGGAUCGAGCCGGAGGAGGGUCAGGGGGCACUACCGCCGCCCCCCACGGUACGGGCUACCAGGACACUGGGGGCGGGGGGCACCACACGGACGGGGUGCUCUAUCUGGGAUCUCGGGGGUCGCUGGCUGACACCUUGCCCCUGCACAUCGCACCCCGCUGGUUCAGCGCGCACAGCGGAUUCAAGUGUCCUGUCUGCUCCAAGUCUGUGGCGUCCAAUGAAAUGGAAGUUCAUUUCAUCAUGUGUCUAAGCAAGCCUCGCCUCUCCUACAAUGAUGAUGUGUUGGCGAGGGAUGCCGGUGAGUGUGUGAUCUGUCUAGAGGAACUGCAGCAAGGGGACACCAUAGCCAGACUGCCUUGCCUCUGCAUCUACCACAAAAGCUGUAUAGACUCAUGGUUUGAGAUCAAUCGGUCCUGCCCCGAACACCCAUCUGACUGACUGACUGACCACCAGGCCCACUCUGAAUACUGUUCAAGAAAAUCCCGUGGUCCUGCCAUGAAUAUCUGGACACAGACGCAACCAAAUCAGAUGAAACAAUCAAAGCGAUCAACACGUACUUAUCCUGACAGAAUCCAUCAUCCCUAACCAAGAUAAUUAUUCCUUGUGAGCUGAACCCAGAAAUCGUGACUGUCCAAACCAUCAUACACAUUAAAGGGCAGACAUUAUUACAUCUGCUGAAGAAACUGCUUACCCCGCCCACCCGCCCUUCCUUCUGUCCCCCUCCCACUUCUCCAGGCUAAUAGUCCCCUUAAAGGGCUUCAUCGGCCUCCCUGACAUGCUCAGGAUUCUUGCAGGCCUCCAGCAGCUAGCCUUCCAUCUUGUAUCUGGAUCCAGGCCUGCCAGGCCUGUCAGCCCCAUGGCCUUAACUGGGGGAGAGGAGAGGAAGCAGAGCAGGGAGGGGACAGGAGGGAAGAUGAAGGAAACCACACGAGCAAGAAGGAAGACGGCAAGCAUGAGAAAGAGGAGGAAGAGGAAACCAAGCGAUUGACGAUUGUUAAGCUGCAGAAGCUUGCUUUGAGAUCAGACCUUUGAAAUUAUUUGGUGGGGCCUCUCAUCUCACAACAGGACUCCAACUCGGUGACGUCCACUCAAAGCAGUUCAGUUCUGCACCCUUCCUCGCCAAUAUAACUCAAUCCGAAAGUCCCCAAAAUGCUUCUUAGAUCUGGUUUGUGCACACCAGGGCGGGCGGGGAGGGAGGGAGGGAGGGAUGGUGGAACACAGAACAAACAAACUGGGAUGUCAGCUUGUCUAUGUACAGAAUAGAGAUGGGGGGAUCUAAAGAUGGACUGGGGGUGGAGAGGAACAGUCUCAGUUCUGAUUGGGAGAGAGCAGUGUAGUUUACGCUCCUACUGUGUAAUGUGUGUGUGUUUGGGAUGCUCCAGUGUCAGGCUUCACCCGGUAUGUGUAUGUACACUAUGUGUGUAUGGUGUGUGUGUGUGUGUGUCUGAGAUUGGAACUGUGACAACAUAGCUUUUGCUGAAGCCUAAUAUGUGUGUGUGUGUGUGUGUGUGUGUGUGUGUGUGUGUGUGUGUGUGUGUGUGUGCUUGCGUGUGACACAGCGUGAAAGGUCAGUGUAGAGGGCUGACUGGGACAGUGCUAUGUGUAUGUGUGUGUGUAUUGAAAUGUUUACAGUCUAGAUGUCCAUGUUCCCUGUGUUUGUGUGUGUGUGUGUGUGUGUGUGUGUGUGUGUGUGUAUGUGUAUGUGAGUGUAUGUGUGUAUGUAUGUGUGUGUGUGUGUGUGUGUGUGUGUGUGUGUGUGUGUGUGUGUGUGUGCGACUGGCAGUCCUCCCUUUACUUUGCUGAUGUUUACAGCUACAGAGAGGCGACAUGACAUAUUGUAAAUUACACACCUAACCUCUCUCUGGGGUUCUUUCUUUUUAGAUCUGCCAGAUUUUUUCAUGUGAUCAUGAUUAGUCAUUUUCUCGUGAGAAUCUCAAGUGUGAGAGUGUGUGUGUGUGUGUGUGUGUGUGUGUGUGUGUGUCUCUGUGCAUGUGUCUCUGCGUGUGUGAUUCUAAAGGCGCCUCGUGGUCUAUGCUACUGUCGGUUCCCCACAUUGUGUUUCUGCUGGAGGAGGUCUGGCUGACUGCGACUGGAGACGCGAGCCACUCAGACCCGAAAAAGGACUCUGUAGUCCCACUGUGGAUCCACUGGAUGGGGCUUAUUUAUUCAUUUGUUCAUAUUUAACAACAUUUGUUUAAUAUUCCAAUCAUGUGAGGUGUUACCCACUCUUCAGAAUGCCAAGAGCUGAUGUAUGAAGACUUCUACAAAUGAACAUACAAACAAACUGCAUUUACAAAGCUACUGUAAACAAAUGGUGGAAUAAAAUGUGCUAGAUGACUCUA